AUGACAGGCAAUCGGUCCCUCUAUCUGGCUUUUGUUGCGUCCGCCACCCUCUUUCUCUAUGCGGUAUUCAACCAGUGGGGCAGUGUAACGGCAGAGAACUUUGAGCAGAUUGCGCGCAAAUAUGGCACAGACAAAGUCACCACUCACCAAUAUCAAUUCAUGUACGACAAGUAUCUGUCGGGCAUUCGAGACGAUCAGUUGAAGGUCUUGGAGAUUGGCCUUGGCUGCAACAUGGAUUAUGGCCCCGGAGCUUCCUAUUACACUUGGCUCGAAUACUUUCCCUACGUCAACCUCUACUUUAUCGAGUACGAUGGACAGUGCGCCAAAAAAUACCAAGACAAAACCCCCAACGCGCACGUCUUCGUCGGCGAUCAGGCAGACACUCUCUUCCUCGCAAGGUUUUCCACAGAAGCAACCGCAGACGGGCUUUUUGAUAUAAUAAUAGAUGAUGGCGGGCACACAAUGGACCAGCAGAUGACUUCCCUGGAGUUUCUCUGGAAAGUCGUCAAGCCGGGCGGCUUAUAUGUGAUUGAGGAUCUACAGACCAGCUACUGGGAGUCUUUUGGCGGAAAUCCUUUGGGAAGGAGUUCUUCCAAAGAGACUACCAUUACUUACUUGUACCAACUAGUUGACGACUUGAUGAUUGGGAAAAACGCGAAGCAAAUAAGCCACGAUUUGCUCUCCGUCGACUGCAUGGCGGAGAUUUGUGCACUCCGCAAGAAGGAGCAUAUAUAAUGGGAUCAUGACUAGUAGAGAUGAUUACAAUGCGACAUUAUAGCCAAGGCUAGCAAGAUUGAUAAGAUUAAUUUAUUUUAAUUCUACUGAAUCUAGUGUUAUGUUUUGUGAAAACCUCACUGUGCACUAUGCAAGAAGGAGCAUCUAUAAAGAAUCACCAGAUGACGUUUUAUCAAGACUAGCGAGACUGACAAGAUUAAUGUACUUCAAUUCUAUUGCAUCUAGUGCUAGGUAUUGUAAUUAAAGUCAUGGCAAAAGAAUUGCAGCUGAUAUCGUAUAGUUAUAUAAUUAUUCUUCCUCUCUCAAAAUGACCAUUUCUUUUUCUCCCAUCUCCUUCACAUGAUGACACACUUCACUGGAAGACCACAGAAGCCAUCCUUCUCAUUCUCCUCUCUCUCCGGGAUCGGCUCCGGCUUGGGGGCAGCCGGAGUAGACGAAUUGGUUGGGGCCACCUUGACAGCCGACUUCUUCUCUUUGCUGCCAUGUAGUCACGAGGAGAGAGUCUCGGCAAAGGCCUGGCCCUGGGCGGUGGCAAUUCGGAGCUCGAGCUCGGAAGGCUGGCGAGAGCCAUCGGCACCGGCGAAGGAACCGGCGCCCCAGGGAGAGCCACCGUGAACCUCGGUGAGGUUGGUGACGUCGGGGAAGGUCUUGGCGUAGCCGAGGGGAACGUAGAUGAUGCCGUGGUGAGCCAGGGUGGACAUGGCGGAGAGGGCAGUGGACUCCUGACCACCGCCGGGAGUUCCAGUGGUGAUGAAGAGACCGGCCUUCUUGCCCCAGUAGCCGCCGGAGGUCCAGAUUCCACCGGUCAUGUCCCAAAAGGUCU